AUGUAUUGGUAUUUCAUAAGGCAUGCUGAAUCCACAAAUAAUGCAACUCUCAAUGAUGACACAACAAAUGAUAGUAGCGAAUUCAAUAAUAAAAGGGCCCCUGAUCCUAGUCUUACAGAAUUAGGAAUUAAACAAGCAACAAGAACAGCUGAGGUUUUAUUAUCUGAAUCUAGCUUAGUAUGGAUAACUCAUGACAAUAAUAUAAGGAAGCUUAAAUUGGGUAUGCCUAAAUUUAAUACUAUAUAUUGCUCACCUUUAAGGCGUUCUUUAGAAACUGCAUUUCUUAUUCAGAAGAAAGUUAACUGUAAAGUUAUAGUGUUGAAAGAUCUUUGUGAAGUUGGAGGUGUAUUUCAUGGUAAACGUCUAUAUUUACCUGAUAUGAAUGAUUCUAUAUAUUGUUCUGGUUUGUCACGUAGCGAAAUAUUAAAGCUAUACCCUGACUUUGAAUUGGAAGACAAAAUUACGGAAAAGGGAUGGUGGAAUCAGCCACAGGAGUCAAUUAAAUGUGCCUUAAGUAGGGCAGAUAAGGUUAUAGAGUGGAUUUGGUCAAUUAGUAAGAAUGAUCUACAAGUUCACGACAAACUAACAGACUCAGCAUCUAUACUCAUUACUCACGGCUUAUUCCAAAAUAUACUCAUGAAGAAGCUACUUUUAGGUAAAGGUGUAGAGAUAUCACCAAAUGAGAAGUUAAUCUUUCCAUGUGAUAACUGUGGUAUUAGUCAGUUACUGUUUUGUCCAAAUACUACAGAAGACAAUUCAAAGAGUGAUGACAAUAUAGUUGUAUGUCUUAAGUGGAACUCAACAGAUCACUUAGAUCCCAAAAUGCGAACAACAGUAAAUAUAAUAAAACGAAGAUAG